AUGACAAGAAAGGGCAGGGCAAGAUGGAUCACGCACGAGUCCCUGGAGAGCUUGAUCAAGGCAGUGGACUACUUCUACCUGGACAAGCCGCCGACGGUCCUCAAUGCAGCCCAGACAAGGACGAAGCGAACGUAUGACCAAGCCUUUGCAGGCUCCAAGAAGGUCUACGACCUCGCACAGCAGAGUCAGAAGUUCUUACGCACCGAGCUGCACGACAAUUCUCUCAUGACUUUGAAGCGCAACUGUGGAAACUUGUUCUCAACGGUCCACAACCGCGUCAUUGACAAGGAAGAGCUUUUCACUGCAGAGACAGCUGGAUCUUCGAGUGUGGACUUGAGUCCCCUGCCCACGGCAUCGGUGGCCAGCUGCCUGGCAGGAAACGGCAUGCAUGUAGCACAAGCGGGGGCGAUUAUUCUGAUUUGUGCCCUGUUCAUUGAAGCCGUUCCGAGACAUGCCUAG